UUGUUUGGAGGGAGAGGCAGCAGUGAAAGUUUUGGGAUACUCGGAAGUUGCAUGCGAAGCUGCGAAAAAUCGAUUGAUAAGAAAAUAUGGCGGGGUUAGGCGAAAUGUCCAAGCAAAAGAGCUCGAAAGGUUUGCGGAUAUUUUGGAGCGUACUGUUGUCACAUUGAAAGAGAACAAGCGUGAGUCAGAUUUAAAGGCAGGUACUUUGUAUGGUAUCGUAUUGGAGAAGGUCCCGGAGAUGCUUCUCAGUCAGUAUUAUCGAUGGCUCAAAGAACAGAAGAAGGAAGAAUCUUUGGAAACUUUGAACUGUUGGAUUGCGGAGAAAACUGAAUACCAAACGCAUGCAGCCAAGAGGAAGCGGGGAUUCAGCCGUGGAAGAGAGGACAGAAAAGGUGAUGAGAAAUCAGGACGAAGGAUCACAGGAGUCGAUUCGAAAAAUCGUUUGGUGCAAGUAAAAUGGAGAAUCAUGGCAAGAAGGAAAAGCCUUGUGUAGCUUGUGGAGAAACACAUCCUAUUAAUUUGGCGAUGUCUAAUAUUUAAAGCGUGGUCUAGUGACAAGAAGUGGGAAAUGGCUAAACGUGCUGGAUUGUGCUAACAAUGCCUUGGAGAUAAUCACCUUGGAAAAGACUGUAAGCGAAGUCGAGUUUGCCCAGUCACAGGGUGCAACAAGAAUCACCACCAAUUGUUACAUGAAGUACCAAACCAAAAACCACCAAUCCAAGACCCACCACCCGCCACGAAGGGGGAUGCCGGUGACAAAACCACUAUGGAAACAGUCGAAAAACAUGAAGUCAGUAGCUCUUCGGACAGUACCAAUAAUUCUGAAAAAUGAUAAGAAACGACUACUAGUGAACUGCUUUCUGGAUGAGGGAAGCGAAACCACAUAUGUAAACGAGGAUGUUAUCGAGCAGCUUGGACUUCGAGAAGAGAAAGAACGAGUGACAGUACAAGUAGCUAAUCCUCAGCAAGUUACCUUUAUGUCUGCAACAUUUGAGAUCGGAAUCGAAAGUGUAGAUGGAAAAGUGAACAGUGUCAUUGUUCCUAAGACAUCUCAAAAGAUCUGUGGAAGAAUGAAGCCUACCAAUUGGGUGAAGAUAAAAGAUAGAUAG